AGUGCUGUGACCUGGGCUACCAUGCCAGCCUGGCACGGACCCUGAGGACCUACCUGUCUGCAGAGUACAGCCUGGAGACGUCCCGCCACGAGGGGCUUGACCAGCUGGAGGGGGCCGUGGAUGCCAUGGAUGUCAGGGGGGACAAACACAGGGUCAUGGAUAUGCACAGCCAGAUCUUCUGCCCGCCCGCCCGCUUCGACUACCAGCCACACAUGGGCGAUGAGGUGAGGGAGGGGUGAUUGGAGGGGUGAUUGUGCCUCCCACUAUGUCUGUGUUUCCUCUGUCUGGUCCUGUGUGGCUUGCAUCAGCAAUGCCAGCGUCUUGGGGUCAGUUCCAUUCUGGGAUCCCAAACAAACACUACUGUAAGUUCUCUCUCUCUCUCUCUCUCUCUCUCUCUCUCUCUCUCUCUCUCUCUCUCUCUCUCUCUCUCUCUCUCUCUCUCUCUCUCUCUCUCUCUCUCCCCCUCUCCCUCCCUCCCUCCCUACUAGGUGUGUCAGGUGAGUGCCCAGCAGCCGGUACAGAUAGAGCUCCUGAUGCGUCACCACCAGCUCCAGUCCCGCCUGGCCACGCUCAAGAUCGAGAACGAGGAGGUGAGCUCUAAAACCCUGACCCUAACCCUAAACCUGUUACAUUAUCAGUCUGUCAACUCACCACCUGGGCCAUGUUCAGUAGCUAAAAUUGUGGAACAUUUGCCUGCUGCCUGUCUGCCUGUCUGCCUGUCUGCCUGCCUGCCUCACUCUGCUGCUUCAGUCAGACAGAUGUUUGUAAAGGUCACCAUAUCGCUCCUAUGAAUAUGGAGGUGCUCUGUUCAUUCAGCCACUUCCUCGGUACCUCUCACAUUGACAGAACACAAUUUGUCGUUCUAUUUAUCUUCACACAGUCACACGCGCAACCAGAUGUCCCCUACCAGGCUGACUGAUUUAUACAUUAUACAGUGGGGGAAAAAAGUAUUUAGUCAGCCACCAAUUGUGCAAGUUCUCCCACUUAAAAAGAUGAGAGAGGCCUGUAAUUUUCAUCAUAGGUAUUUAUUUGCAAAUUAUGGUGGAAAAUAAGUAUUUGGUCAAUAACAAAAGUUUCUCAAUACUUUGUUAUAUACCCUUUGUUGGCAAUGACACAGGUCAAACGUUUUCUGUAAGUCUUCACAAGGUUUUCACACACUGUUGCUGGUAUUUUGGCCCAUUCCUCCAUGCAGAUCUCCUCUAGAGCAGUGAUGUUUUGGGGCUGUCGCUGGGCAACACGGACUUUCAACUCCCUCCAAAGAUUUUCUAUGGGGUUGAGAUCUGGAGACUGGCUAGGCCACUCCAGGACCUUGAAAUGCUUCUUACGAAGCCACUCCUUCGUUGCCUGGGCGGUGUGUUUGGGAUCAUUGUCAUGCUGAAAUACCCAGCCACGUUUCAUCUUCAAUGCCCUUGCUGAUGGAAGGAGGUUUUCACUCAAAAUCACACGAUACAUGGCCCCAUUCAUUCUUUCCUUUACACGGAUCAGUCGUCCUGGUCCCUUUGCAGAAAAACAGCCCCAAAGCAUGAUGUUUCCACCCCCAUGCUUCACAGUAGGUAUGGUGUUCUUUGGAUGCAACUCAGCAUUCUUUGUCCUCCAAAGACGACGAGUUGAGUUUUUACCAAAAAGUUCUAUUUUGGUUUCAUCUGACCAUAUGACAUUCUCCCAAUCCUCUUCUGGAUCAUCCAAAUGCACUCUAGCAAACUUCAGACGGGCCUGGACAUGUACUGGCUUAAGCAGGGGGACAUGUCUGGCACUGCAGGAUUUGAGUCCCUGGCGGCGUAGUGAGUUACUGAUGGUAGGCUUUGUUACUUUGGUCCCAGCUCUCUGCAGGUCAUUCACUAGGUCCCCCCAUGUGGUUCUGGGAUUUUUGCUCACCGUUCUUGUGAUCAUUUUGACCCCACGGGGUGAGAUCUUGCGUGUAGCCCCAGAUCAAGGGAGAUUAUCAGUGGUCUUGUAUGUCUUCCAUUUCCUAAUAAUUGCUCCCACAGUUGAUUUAUUCAAACCAAGCUGCUUACCUAUUUCAGAUUCAGUCUUCCCAGCCUGGCGCAGGUCUACAAUUUUGUUUCUGGUGUCCUUUGACAGCUCUUUGGUCUUGGCCAUAGUGGAGUUUGGAGUGUGACUGUUUGAGGUUGUGGACAGGUGUCUUUUAUAAUGAUAACAAGUUCAAACAGGUGCCAUUAAUACAGGUAACGAGUGGAGGACAGAGGAGCCUCUUAAAGAAGAAGUUACAGGUCUGUGAGAGCCAGAAAUCUUGCUUGUUAGUAGGUGACCAAAUACUUAUUAUCCACCAUAUUUGCAAAUAAAUUCAUAAAAAAUCCUACAAUGUGAUUUUCUGGAUUUCUUUUCCUCAAUUUGUCUGUCAUAGUUGACGUGUACCUAUGAUGAAAAUUACAGGCCUCUCAUCUUUUUAAGUGGGAGAACUUGCACAAUUGGUGGCUGACUAAAUACUUUUUUUCCCCUCUGUAUGUCGGAAAAAGUCAGUUAUAAAUUCCUUUGUUCUAAUUAUAAAUAAAUUAUCAUCCAAUAGGCUUUGAUUACAUUUCCAAUAUCCUCGCCCACGUGGAAAUUCAGUAAGAGUAAUGUAUAUGCCAAUUAUAUGAUGGUCCGACCGCAUUCUGUCCCCUAUCAACACUUUUUAAACCUUUGGUACCAACGAGAAUGAGAUAAGAAAGAAGUCAAGACGACUAGCUUGAUUGAGUCUCCGCCAUGUAUAUCUCACUAGAUCAGUAUAUUUAAGCCUCCAUAUAUCUACUAGUUCUAAUGUAUCCAUGACAUUCACAAUUUCCUUAAGAGCAUGUGGGUGAUUGUUUGUGGUGUGAUUUCCUUUACGGUCCAUUGAGCUAUUUAAAACAGUAUUAUAAUCCCCCACCAUAAUAAUAUUGUCUUGAAUUGCUUGCAGGGUUAAUAAUUUAUUAAAUAUAUUGUCAAAGAAUUGUGGAUCAUCAUUAUUUGGUCCGUAAAGGUUAAUGAGCCAUAUCUGUUUAUGGUCCAAUAACAUAUUUAAAAUAAUCCAUCUACCUUGCGUAUCUAUUUGGACAAUUUGCACAUUCGGAUCGAAAUUACUAUUAAUUAAUAUCAUCACCCCUUUUGAAUUUCUUUGCCCAUGGGAGAAGUAUAUUUCCCCCCCCCCCCCCCCCCCCCCCCCCCCCCCAUUCCUUUUUCCACGCAACUUCAUCUCGAAUUGUUUAAUGAGUUUCCUGUAUACAAUAGAUAUUAUAUUCCUUCUCUUUGAGCCAUGUAAAUAUUGUUCUUCUUUUGUUAUUAUCAGCUAAGCCAUUACAAUUAUAACUGGCUAUACCUAUUUCACCAUACACCAUAAUGAGAUACAAGUUUCAAGUCUAUUUAUCAUUAUAUAUGUUUGUAAAUUUACCAAUAAAAAAUACUGUAAUGAUUGAGCGUCCAUAUAGCUGUACUGUGAUAUUUGCAUUGCUACGGAGUAACCCUUCAAUUGUUCUCCAUUAAUUCCCCCGCUAUAUAUAUAUAUAACUAUUUAAAAAAAAAUAUGCAUAUCCUAUUUACCAUCAUUAUCAAUUAAUAUGCGUAAUAAUGUCGGCAGUUCAUGCGUAGGAUUUUAACAUAUAACCCGGAUUGCCAUUUUAUUACAUUUAUUUUAUUGACAAGCAAAUAUUAUCCUAGCAAAUAAUUCCCGUGGUCCAUCCCCCCCAUGGACUAGUCUUUGUGUCUCUGAACAUUUGGUUGUCAAUAUACAGUUUAUCCACCACGAGUGCAACACGUUUCCCUUUUAAUCUGUUUUCCUUGAAGAUUGGAUAUAGAACUUUGCGCCUUUCUGCAAUCUCCCUCGGGAACUGAUCAUUCAUGCCUAUUUUCGUGCCAGCAAGUCUUUUCCCUAGGCUUUUAACCAUUGCUUUAUCUUAAAAAAAAGCACAUUUGGCAACGAUUGGGCGCUCAUAUUUCUGUCCUCUUUUUCCGAAAUGGUGUAUACGUUCGAGUUGGAUUUUAUCGACAGCCUCGAGUGGGAUUUGUAGCGCUGUAUGCAGGAAGUCCUUCAUAAUAUUCUCUGUUAUUUCUCCCUCCUUUUCCUGAAUACCCGUAAGUACUAGAUUUUCUCUCAUCGAUCUAGUUUGGAUGUCUAGUAAGGCUUCUCUCAGAAGGUUGUUCUCCUUUUUAAGUUCCCUAACGUCCGUUUCCAUCUUAGAGACUGUCACUUUUAAUUCUUUGGUUUCUUUCUCCAUUACCAAAGCUUUUUCGUCACUCAUUUGAAGACUCACUUUCAACUCUUUUACGUCCUUACUGACCAAUUCUAGUAUGCCCAAUUUGUCAUUUAUCGACUUCAACAGGUCACUUUCCACACUUACCAGACCCAGUGGUGAAAAGCGUAUAUCAUCUGUAUCAGUCGAUGAGUCGCGUUUUCUCUUGGAUCGGCUCUCCACGCUUAUCUUCCGCCAUUUUUGGGUGUUGCGUGUUGUUGUAAUAUUUGUCGAUAUAUUUCUCUAGCCUUAUGAUCUGUUUUGUGUUAUUAUCCAGAUUGAAUUAUAUUAACUGUGAAUAUAUGAAAUGCUAAUAUUUAGUCUAACUUACUGAUUUUGAAUAUGAUGUUUUUAUCUUGAGGUGAUUUGUACCGCUUUCUAUUCAAUACGCCAUCUUGUCUACGCGCGCCCCGCCCUCUAACCUGUCAACAUUUCUCCCAAGUUUUCACCAUCAUUGUAAAGCCCCAGUUAUUUUGUUGCUUUGACAAAGUCAUACAGUGGGGGAAAAAAGUAUUUAGUCAGCCACCAAUUGUGCAAGUUUUCCCACUUAAAAAGAUGAGAGAGGCCUGUAAUUUUCAUCAUAGGUACACGUUAACUAUGACAGACAAAUUGAGAUUUUUUUUUCCUGAAAAUCACAUUGUAGGAUUUUUAAUGAAUUUAUUUGCAAAUUAUGGUGGAAAAUAAGUAUUUGGUCACCUACAAACAAGCAAGAUUUCUGGCUCUCACAGACCUGUAACUUCUUCUUUAAGAGGCUCCUCUGUCCUCCACUCGUUACCUGUAUUAAUGGCACCUGUUUGAACUUGUUAUCAGUAUAAAAGACACCUGUCCACAACCUCAAACAGUCACACUCCAAACUCCACUAUGGCCAAGACCAAAGAGCUGUCAAAGGACACCAGAAACAAAAUUGUAGACCUGCACCAGGCUGGGAAGACUGAAUCUGCAAUAGGUAACAGCUUGGUUUGAAGAAAUCAACUGUGGGAGCAAUUAUUAGGAAAUGGAAGACAUACAAGACCACUGAUAAUCUCCCUCGAUCUGGGGCUCCACGCAAGAUCUCACCCCGUGGGGUCAAAAUGAUCACAAGAACGGUGAGCAAAAAUUCCCAGAACCACACGGGGGGACCUAGUGAAUGACCUGCAGAGAGCUGGGACCAAAGUAACAAAGCCUACCAUCAGUAACACACUACGCCGCCAGGGACUCAAAUCCUGCAGUGCCAGACGUGUCCCCCUGCUUAAGCCAGUACAUGUCCAGGCCCGUCUGAAGUUUGCUAGAGUGCAUUUGGAUGAUCCAGAAGAGGAUUGGGAGAAUGUCAUAUGGUCAGAUGAAACCAAAAUAUAACUUUUUGGUAAAAACUCAACUCGUCGUGUUUGGAGGACAAAGAAUGCUGAGUUGCAUCCAAAGAACACCAUACCUACUGUGAAGCAUGGGGGUGGAAACAUCAUGCUUUGGGGCUGUUUUUCUGCAAAGGGACCAGGACGACUGAUCCGUGUAAAGGAAAGAAUGAAUGGGGCCAUGUAUCGUGAGAUUUUGAGUGAAAACCUCCUUCCAUCAGCAAGGGCAUUGAAGAUGAAAUGUGGCUGGGUCUUUCAGCAUGACAAUGAUCCCAAACACACCGCCCAGGCAACGAAGGAGUGGUUUCGUAAGAAGCAUUUCAAGGUCCUGGAGUGGCCUAGCCAGUCUCCAGAUCUCAACCCCAUAGAAAAUCUUUGGAGGGAGUUGAAAGUCCGUGUUGCCCAGCGACAGCCCCAAAACAUCACUGCUCUAGAGGAGAUCUGCAUGGAGGAAUGGGCCAAAAUACCAGCAACAGUGUGUGAAAACCUUGUGAAGACUUACAGAAAACGUUUGACCUGUGUCAUUGCCAACAAAGGGUAUAUAACAAAGUAUUGAGAAACUUUUGUUAUUGACCAAAUACUUAUUUUCCACCAUAAUUUGCAAAUAAAUUCAUUAAAAAUCCUACAAUGUGAUUUUCUGGAUAUUUUUUUCUCAUUUUGUCUGUCAUAGUUGACGUGUACCUAUGAUUAAAAUUACAGGCCUCUCUCAUCUUUUUAAGUGGGAGAACUUGCACAAUUGGUGGCUGACUAAGUACUUUUUUUCCCCACUGUAUCUGAAGAUGAUUAUUUACUUAAUGUUAUUAGUGAUUCAUUUUAAGGAAAAAAAUGACAAGCCUGUCCCUCAUUUUAAGAUCAACCCUGUUACAUGAACUGAACUCUCAUUUUUGUAUGGUGAAACUAUUCCUUUUUUAAAUAUGUUUUUUCAAAAGAGACAUUGCACAUCUAAUAGUCAAACCAUAGUGUAAACGCAGGUGAGCUGGUUCUUUUCUUUUUGGCCAUUUGCUGGUAUUCUGUAAUGGAAAACUGAGCGGGUAGAGCAUAACACGUCAAACCUGUGACCCAUAGAUAGACAGGCUAGAAUUUUUUUAACAAUUUAAAUGUUUUAAUGAAGCUUGCAUUCAAUAGCCCCUCACUGUUGUACAUACACAACAAGCUUCCAUUCCCCCUGUCACAAGGGAAUUUAUGGCUGAUUUAAGAUGACGUUGUUAACCCUGUUACUUUAUUUGGCACUUAACAGAAUGUUCAAAUUACAUGAAGUUAUUGUUAUUAUUAUUUUUACCAAGUUAGACUACUCAAAGGCACCAAAUUGAAUUGGAACGACCCAUAUGUGUGACAUUUGAUUCUUCAAUUUGACAUUUUGCCCUCAAAGAGCAUUAUGCAAUUCCAUUUCCCAUUACAAAAUUAUUGUUGUCUAUCAACAAUGACAAGCCACCGGGGUCUGACAACUUGGAUGGAAAAUUACUGAGGAUAAUAGAGGACAAUAUUGCCACUCCUAUUUGCCAUAUUUUCAAUUUAAGCCUACUAGAAUGUGUGUGCCCCCAGGCUUGGAGGGAAGCAAAAGUCAUUCCGCUACCUAAGAAUAGUAAAGCCCCCUUUACUGGCUCAAAUAGCCGACCAAUCAGCCUGUUACCAACCGUUAGUAAACUAUUGGAAAAAAUUGUGUUUGACCAGAAACAAUGCUAUUUUACAGUAAACAAAUUGACAACAAACUUUCAGCAUGUUUAUAGAGAAGGACAUUCAACAAGCACAGCACUUAAACAAAUGACCGAUGAUUGGCUGAGAGAAAUUGAUGAUAAAAAUAUUGUGGGGGCUGUUUUGUUAGACUUCAGUGCGGCUUUUGACAUUAUUGAUCAUAGUCUGCUGCUGGAAAACGUAUGUGUUAUGGCUUUAUUGUGGAUAAAUAGUUACCUGUCUAACAGAACACAGAGGGUGUUCUUUAAUGGAAGCCUCUCCAACAUAAUCCAGGUAGAAUCAGGAAUUCCCCAGGGCAGCUGUCUAGGCCCAUUACUUCUUUCAAUCUUUACUAAUUACAUGCCACUGGCUUUGAGUAAAGCCAUAGUGUCUAUGUAUGCGGAUGACUCAACACUAUACAUGUCAGCUACUACAACGACUGAAAUGACUGCAACACAUAACAAAGAGUUGCAGUUAGUUUCAGAGUGGGUGGCAAGGAAUAAGUUAGUCCUAAAUAUUUAUAAAACUAAAAGCAUUGUAGUUGGGACAAAUCAUUCACUAAACCCUAAACCUCAACUAAAUCUUGUACUAAAUAAUGUGGAAAUUGAGCAAGUUGAGGUGACUAAACUGCUUGGAGUAACCCUGGAUUGUAAACUGUCAUGGUCAAAACAUAUUGAUACAACAGUAGCUAAGAUGGAGGAGAAGUAUAUCAAUAAUAAAGCACUGCUCUACCUUCUUAACAGCACUAUCAACAAGGCAGGUCCUACAGGCCCUAGUUUUGUCACACCUGGACUACUGUUCAGUCGUGUGGUCAGCUGCCACAAAAAAGGACAGGGCAGCACGGCUGGCCCUUGGAUGUACACAGAGAGCUAAUAUUAAUAAUAUGCAUGUCAAUCUCUCCUGGCUCAAAGUGGAGGAGAGAUUGACUUCAUCACUACUUGUAUUAAUGAGAGGUAUUGACAUGUUGAAUGCACCGAGCUGUCUGUUUGAACUACUGGCGCACAGCUCGGACAAACAUGCAUACCCCACAAGACAUGCCACCAGAGGUCUCUUCACAGUCCCCAAGUCCAGAACAGACUAUGGGAGGCACACAAUACUACAUAGAGCCAUGACUACAUGGAACUCUAUUCCACAUCAAGUAACUGAUGCAAGUAGUAAAAUUAGAUUGAAAAAACAGAUACAAAAAUACCUUAUGGAAGAGCGGAGACUGUGAAGCAACACAAACAUAGGCGCAGACACAUGUAUAAACACACACGAUAACAUACGCACUAUACACACACAUACACAUGGAUUUUGUACUGUAGAUAUGUGGUAGUGGUGGAGUAGGGGCCUGAGGGCACAGUGUGUUGUGAAAUCUGUCAAUGUAUUGUAAUGUUUUUCAAUUCGUAUGAACAGCCUUUUUGCUGGACCCCAGGAUCCAUAAUCCAUAAUAAAUAGAAAUACAAUCUUUGAAGUCUCAUUAGCUAUGUUUCCAUUAACUUGUCCAGAGAUUUUUGGUCGACAUUAAGAAAGUUUGCAUAGAAAAUAGAUGCGACAAUAGCCUGCUAGGGUGUGUUUCCAUGGAACUAUCUUGUGUCGAUAAAAACAUCUAAUGACGUCACACCUAAAAAAAAUGUUUCCAUUACCCAUUUAGGGAAAUGCCCUCCCACCUAUCUGUUUCAUAUCUCAGGUAGCCUGUGAAAGCCAGCAUUAUAUAGAAUGCAAUCAUUUACAAAUAUUUGCCAUAGUCUAAUAAUUCUCAUGUGCCAACGUAUCACCAUGGUCCAUGGUGAAACUUGCACUCCUGUAGAUCUGAAAUAAUUGGAUGGUGAAACUUGCCAGCCAACCAGAAAAGCAAGGCGAAGCAAUUCAGGCAUUCUUGAAAGACAGGACAAUCCUUUUCCUGCAAAGUAACAUGAUUUUAUAGUUGAAAAAUUGAUUUAGCAAGCAGUAGGCAUUUAGAUUUAAAUGUGGAUUGGAGCUUUAUUGUUACGCAGUAAAAUCACGUGCCCGCAUACCUUCAAAAUGAUUAGGCAAUCAUCAUUUAUUCAAAUAACACAGUUUCCAUAAAAAAUGUGCGCAAUAAAGAAGGUUCGACAAAAUAAAAAUCCACCCAUGUCGAACUGAUCAUUAUUUUUUCUCAAUCUUUUGAAAAUAUAUCCUAAAUCUGCCAUUUCCAUUACACAUGGUGCAAAUAUUGCUUUUGUCGAAUAAACCUGGGUCAACGGAAACCUGCCUAUUGUGUGCAGGGAAAACACAGUAAAUAUUGAAGUUGUGACCCAGCUAAAUGACUCUCCUCUCUUUCCCUGCUGUCCUUCAUAGGUGAGGAAGACUCUGGAUGCCACCAUGCAGACGCUGCAGGACAUGCUGACAGUGGAGGACUUUGAUGUGUCUGAGGCUUUCCAACACAGCCAGUCCACUGAGUCGGUCAAGUCUGCCUCGUCUGACUCCUACAUGAGCAAAGUCAACGUUGCUAAGAGACGAGCCAAUCAGCAGGAGACCGAGGGUUUCUACUUCACUGUGAGUGGCUCUGACAACUAACACCACUUAAAAUGCAAUAGAAAUGCUUUUUAAAUUGUAUUUGUAUGAAUGCAUACUGGUAUUAAGUACUUGCUCUAGGGCUCUGAUAAGGUCUUGUGUGGCUCAGUUGGUAAGAUCAUUGUGGUCAUUGUAGCCUGAUGUUCUACAGUACCCAUAAUGCUCUUGCACUAUAUCCAGGUUUAUCUUACUAAACACGUUCCUAAAGCUAACACAAUGGUGUCCUGUCUCCUUAUUUUUACAGUCAUGGUAUCAAUUCCCGCAGGGAUUACAAACACAUAAUACAAAUGAAUGCACUCACUGUAAAUGUACUGUAAGUCACUUUACAAAAUGUGUCUGCUAAGUGGCAUAUUAUUAGUAUUAUUAACAGUACUUAAAGUGCAUUGGAAAUGCUUUUAAAAUUUUUAUGAAUGCAUUGCAUGCUGAUAUUAGAGUACUUAGCUACUCAGGUUUAGUGGCUUGGUCCAGUGUUCAUCAUAAUGCAGCAUUAUGCCUUGUGGAAUUCAGACAGGCAACCACCUGGUUGUGAGUUCAUUCUACUGGUAUUGGCAUCAGGCUUUGGUGAUACAAGUCAUGCAAAUUAAUUCUGAAGUUAACCUUUUGAUGUAAUGACAUAAAGCAGUAGUCACUGUAGCCUACAGUCACAAGUGUGGUCUUGUGUGGCUCAGUUUGUAAGAGUGUGUUAUUAGCUAUGCCAAGGUCACAGGUUCAAUUCCUGCAGGGAUCACAAACAAAAUAAUUGUUUACUCACUGUGUUACUGUAACUAUGUACAGUGCAUUCAGAAAGUAUUCAUGCCCCUUGACUUUUUCCACAUUUUGUUGUGUUACAAAGUGGGGUUCAAAUGGAUUGAAUUGUCAUUUUUUGUCUACAAUCAACACAAAAUACUCUGUAAUGUCAAAGUGGAAGAUUUUAUUUAAUUUUUUACUAAUGAAAAAUAAAACACAUAUGUCGUGAUUAGAUAAGUAUAAUUAAUAACUUCACCUUCGCUUUUUUAUCUAUCGGUGCCCUUCUUUGCAAGGUAUUGGAAAACCUCCCUGGUCUUUGUGGUUGAAUGUCACGCCCUGGCCUUGAGAGGCCGGUCAUCUUUAGUUGGUUUGGUCAGGGCAUGAGAAUCUAUGCUAGAAAUUCUAUGUUUAUGUUCUAGGUAUUGUAUUUCUAUGUUUGUCCGGGUGUGAUUCCCAAUCAGAGACAGCUGUCGCUCAUUGUCUCUGAUUGGGGAUCAUACUUAAGUAGCCUGUUUGCCUACCUUAGUUGUGGGAUCUUGUUCCGUGUUAGGCUUGUAUGUGUAUAGCCUGAGGACUUCGCGUUACGUUGUUUCUUGUUUUGUUUAUGUUUAUUGAGUUUAAUUAACAUUUACGCUUUUCACGCUGCACCUUGGUCUGACCCGUCUCUCAAUGUUCGUGACAGAAGAGCCCACCAAAAACGGACCAAGCAGCGUGCCCAGGAGCAGCAGACACCCUGGACACAGGUGGGGAAGUGUUUUUGGACAUGGCAGGAGAUUUUGGCAGGUGAAGGACCCUGGGCGAAGGAGGAGGCCCAGGCAGGAGAGGAACACAGAAGGCUUCAGCCGAGGAGGAAGCACGAGAGACAGCCCCAAUAAAAAAUGUUGGGGGGGCUAAAAGGGUGGUCGGGGAUCGAUAGAGAAGAGCCCCGACCACUGCACUCGUGAGGGCUCAAGGAGGAGUCCUCACUGGAGGAGGACUGGGCGCGGAGAGUAAAGGACUGGUACAGUCGUAGACCUCCAGCGCCGGUUCCCAGUCCGGUACGGCCCGUGCCUGCUCCCCGCACCAAACCAGUGGUCCGUGUAUCCAGUCCGGUACGGCCCGUCCCUGCUCCUCGCACCAAACCAGUGGUGCGUGUCGCCAGCCCAGUACGCCCCGUACCUGCUACCCACACCAGGCCAGUGGUGCGUGUCUCCAGUCCGGCCCAGCCCGUGCCUGCACCUCACACCAAGCCAGUGGUGCGUGUUCCCAGUCUGGUAAGGCCCGUGCCUGCUCCUCGCACCAGACCAGUGGUGCGUGUCCCCAGUCCGGCCCGGCCUGCUCCACCGGUGCCUGAUCCCGCUCCGGUCGGUUGCUCCACUCCGGAGCCAGAGCAAUCCGCUCCACCGGUGCCUGAUCCAGUUCCGGUCGGUUGCUCCACUCCGGAUCCAGAGCAGUCCGCUCCACCGGGGUCCAGUGCAGCUCCGGUCAGCGGCUCCACUCCGGAGCCAGAGCAGUCCGCUCCACCGGUGCCGAGUCCAACUCCGGUCAGCGGAUCCAUUCCGGAGCCAGAGCAGUCCGCUCCACCGGUGCCUAGUCCAGCUCCGGUCAGUGGUUCCACUCCGGAGCCAGAGCAGUCCGCUCCACCUGUGCCUAGUCCAGCUCCGGUCAGCGGAUCCAUUCCGGAGCCAGAGCAGUCGCUCCACCGGUGCCCAGUCUAGCUCCGGUCAGCGGGUCCACUCUGGAGCCAGAGCAGUCCGCUCCACCGGGGGCCAGUUCAGCUCCGGUCAGCGGCUCCACUUCAGACCCAGAAGUCAGCCCCUCGCCAGGGUCGGGCCUCCCACACCAGGGUCCAGACAGGGCUUGGUGCAUCGUGGGAGGAAUGAGAGGGAAAGCAUCGCGCCGAGGUCCAGACCAGACCAGGGGCGCAACGGGGAGGCAGAGAGGGAGAGGUUGUCACGCCCGGAGCUGGAUCCGCCUCCAAGGCUGAAUGCCCACCCGGACCCUCCCCUAAUGAGUCAGGUUGAUGCGGCCGGAGUACGCACCUUUGGGGGGGGGGGGGGGGGGGUACUGUCACGCCCUGGCCUGGCGGUCGUCUUUAGUUGGUUUGGUCAGGGCGUGAGAAUCUAUGCUAGAAAUUCUAUGUUUAUGUUCUAGGUAUUGUAUUUCUAUGUUUGGCCGGGUGUGAUUCCCAAUCAGAGACAGCUGUCGCUCGUUGUCUCUGAUUGGGGAUCAUACUUAAGUAGCCUGUUUGCCUACCUUAGUUGUGGGAUAUUGUUCCGUGUUAGGCUUGUAUGUGUAUAGCCUGAUGACUUCACGUUACGUUGUUUCUUGUUUUGUUUAUGUUUAUUGAGUUUAAUAAACAUUUACGCUUUUCACGCUGCACCUUGGUCUGACCCGUCUCUCAAUGUUCGUGACAUUGAAUCUGUGUUUGAAAAUCACUACUCGACUGAGGGACCUUACAGAUAAUUGUUUGUGUGGGUUACAGAGAUGAGGUAGUCAUAAAAAAAUCCUGUUAACCACUAUUAUUGCACACAGAGUGAGUCCAUGCAAUUUAUUAUGUGAUUUGUUAAGCAAAUGUUUACUCCUAAACUUAUUUAGGUUUGCCAUAACAAAAGGGUUGAAUACUUCUUGACUGAAGACAUUUCAGCUUUUCAUUUUUUAUUAAUUUGUACUUUGACACUGACAUUAUGGGGUAUUAUGUGUAGAUCAGUGAUACAAAAUCUAAAUGUAAUCAAUUUUAUAUUCAAGCUGUCACACAACAAAAUGUGGAAAAAUUAAAGGGUGUGAAUACAUUUUGACGGCACUGUAAGUAGCUUUGGAUCAAAGUGUCCUCUAAAUGUCAUAUUUUAUACUUUUCUUUUGCCCUGUAUAGAAAUUCAAAGAGUACCUGAAUGGCAGCAACCUUAUAGUGAAACUACAGGCCAAGUAUGACCUACUGAAGCAGACUCUGGGAGAAGGUGAGAACACUUCUUCACAUGGUGACAAAGUUGUUGUGUCACUACUGGAGCACAAUGCCAUUCAUAUAGUCAUUACCUUCCCUUUAUCACUAGCAGCAGCUUACCAAUUGUAGUCUUCGUAUGGUUCAAACAUUGUUGUGAAAUUGUGUUGUUAAAUAGUGGGCAACUUAACUGCCAUAUCAACCACCAGUAAUAAACCAUAUUGUAUCUUUAGCCAUAUUUCUUUGAGAAACCUAUUUGAUUGUCCAGCAGCAGCCAACCAGCUGGCGACAGUAUUUCCAGGGAUUAGUUGUGGUUGGUCAGACAGACAGACAGACAGAGGGUUUGUGCUGGAAGCUGUUUUAUUAGACAUGACAUGGUCCCUGAAUUCAACCAUUCGAGGCACUGAUCAAAUAUUGUUAUCAGGGGAUAUAAUGUAAUCUUGUAUUCUUGUAUUCUUGUUUCUUCUGUAGUGUACAAGCCCCUAAUGCAACCCCCCUGUUACCAUAACUAGAUGACAUACGCUACAUGACCAAAAGCAUGUGGACAUCUGCUCGUCGAACAUCUCAUUCCAAAAUCAUGUGCAUUAAUAUGGAGUUGGUCCCCCCUUUACUGCUAUAAGAGCCUCCACUCUUCUGUGAAGGUUUUCCACUAGAUGUUGGAACAUUGCUCCAGGACUUGCUUCCAUUCAGCCACAAGAGCAUUGGUGAGGUCGGGCACUGAUGUUGGGCGAUUAGGCCUGGCUCGCAGUCGGCGUUCCAAUUCAUCCCAAAGGUGUUCGAUGGAGUUGAGGUCAGAGCUCUGUGCAGGCCAGUCAAGUUCUUCCACACCGAUCUCGAUAAACCAUUUCUGUAUGGACCUCGCUUUCUGCAUGCUGAAACAUGAAAGGGCCUUCCCCCAAACUGUUGCCACAAAGUUGGAAGCACAGAAUCGUCUAGAAUGUCAUUGUAUGCAGUAGCGUUACGAUUUCCCUUCACUGGAACUAAGGGGCCUAGCCCGAACCAUGAAAAACAACCCCAGAACAUUAUUCCUCCUCCACCAAACUUUAAAGUUGGCACUAUGCAUUGGGGCAGGUAGCAUUCUCCGGGCAUCCGCCAAACCCAGAUUCGUCCGAAGUAUGAUUCAUCACUCCAGAGAACGCAUUUCCACUGCUCCACAGUCCAAUGGCGGCGACCUUUACACCACUCCAGCCGACGCUUGGCAUUGCACAUGGUGAUCUUAGGCUUGUGUGUGGCUGCUGGGCCAUGGAAACCCAUUUCAUGAAGCUCCCGACUAACAGUUCUUGUGCUGACGUUGCUUCCAGAGGCAGUUUGGAACUCGGUAGUGAGUGUUGCAACCGAGGACAGACAAUGUUUACGUGCUGCACGCUUCAGCACUUGGUGGUCCCGUUCUGUGAGCUUGUGUGGCCCACCACUUCGUGGCUGAGCCGUUGUUGCUCCUAGAUGUUCCACUUCACAAUAACAGCACUUACAGUUGACCAGAGCAUCUCUAGCAGGGCAGACAUUUGACGAACAGACUUGUUGGAAAGGUGGCAUCCUAUGACGGUGCCACGUUGAAAGUCACUGAGCUCUUCAGUAAGGCCAUUCUACUGUCAAUUUUUGUCUAUGGAGAUUGCAUGGCUGUGUGUUCAAUUGUAUACACCUGUCAGCAACAGGUGUAGCUGAAAUAGCCAAAUCCACUAAUUUGAAGGGGUGUCCACAUACUUUUGUAUAUAUGGUGUAUCGUGUUACAGUAUAUUAUUACUGUAACAGUUACUACUAUAUUGCACAAACCCAAUGCAGCCAAAUGCAGCCUUCCUCACACUCAACCUUCCCUCCUCCUUCCCCUUUGUCCCUGGAUAAGCUAGCUUUCAUUGACAUUCCGCUCUGAGUUGGCAGGGUUCGCCCCCUCCGGCACUCUAUCUACGGUUUCUAGGGCGACCGCUGAAUGACCGCUGCCUGGCUGGCUGUAUGUGGUCAUGGCGCCCGCACCAUUGAGUCCGUCUGAAUAGGUGCCCGUGUUCUCAUAAUGCCCUUCAUCCGUCGCCCCCGCUUCUGUGUGCCCCAUCUGCCAGCUCUGUAGACAACCAGGUCUGGCUCAGAAUGCACUCAACCGUGCCAUUCAAGCAUUGUCUUUUCUCUCUCUCACAGACACGUGCACGCAAGCAUGCACACACACACAUACACACUAAUUUUCUCUCUCUCUAUUUCUCCCCCUCUCUCUCUCUCCAUUUCUUCCCUCCUUUCUUUUAGGGGAAAGGGCUGAAUAUGGAACGACACGGUAAGAAACGAGGGUGAAAAGAGGAGGAAGAAAAGCGUGUCAAAUCCUUCCUGUUUUCUGGGAAAUAGCAGAGAUGACGUCAUGUUAAAGUGAAUAGCAGUUUGGUCCUGAGCCUCUCUGGAAAGUCAGGGGUGGAAUUCCAAAUAGGGAAAGGGGAUGUGGUCUGUCUGUUGAUGAAUAAACAUAAUUCUGAGCAAACUGGAGUUUGCAAUGAAGCAGCUAUGGGGAGAUGAGCUGGCUGUAAGACCAUCUGUCACCCAUCAGUCACUACAGUGGCCAUAAGGAGCCUUGUUAAACACUACAGUAUAGUACAGGUAUCUGUUAAUCAGAACAGUACUGUAUAUUAACCACAGACAUUACGCUAGUCAGAAAUCAGCGAGUGGAGAAGAAUGAGUAGUAGUAGAGCCAUUAGGUUUUGAUAUCUCCUCUCAGCUCACAGGCCUGUUACAGUAUUUAUAUUGAAUUCUCUGUGUCAUUACUCAUGUGCUUUGAAUGUAAUCAUGUUUUUAUGAACUGAUUUAUUUGAUAAGUUGCACAUAGUCAUUAUAGUCAGGUUAUCCAGGGUUUAGCUGAAACAGCUGUGAUAAAAGUCAAAGCAUACUUCCUCUGCUCAGUGACUCCACUUGUGUGUUAAAAUAAUGUUAUGGUUUGUACUGUGAGAGGAGGGGAAGGAAUAGGACAUACACAGCUAUCUAGAGCCAUGCACUGUAUAUAGUGGCUCUGCAUAUAUCUAGAAAAACAUUAUCCCACUGACUAUACAGUAUGAAAUACAUGUUUCAGUCCUUGUUGUUUUUCAUCAUAGUUCAUGUGUAUCUGCACCCCCUACCCCAACCUCCUAUUCUACCAUCAGCCCCCCCACUCUUCCCCCUAAACCCAGGAGAAUGCGGAAGCCUAGACCUUGCUCUGUUUUUAAUCAUAAACUCUUUAACGGCAAUAUGGAGACCUUCAUCAAGGUACUGACUGGCCCCUAUGUGGUUUCUCUCUGUGUGUUAGUGUCUAUAUGUCAGCUAUCUCUACCAGCAGCUCUAGGGGUUCUACCUCUCUGUCCUGUCUAUGACUGCUCUCUCGUCUCACUCCAACUUCAGCUUAGCUCACUGACUUUCCCUUCCUUCAUGGCCCUGUGCUGGGCACAAUGACUUUAUAAAUAAAUAGACUAAAUGACUGAGAUUCCUCUCCAUUCACUCCUAUAGGGAAUUCUCAGACUUGGCAGUCCAUUGGCUUGACAGCUGGGAAAGGUAGUGUUUGUCUCUCUGGUCUGGAUUGAAGAGUCAAUUCUACAAAACUAAGUUUCAAGUUUGUUUAAGUACCAAACGUAGACAGACUCUGGUCGUGUGGGGUUUGCUUAUGACAUUCCUGCCCAUGUUAUAGCACUUGAACCCUGAACUCUAGACGUUAAACACAUUUUGGCGACGGGCCAGUUGGCACAGCACUAAACAUGUCAGGCUAUGAAAAUAAACACACAGGGCCAUAUCCUCUGCGUAAGUCAGGAUCCAACACUGGUACACUGACAGAAAGAGUGUGUACACAGCAGUGGAGUCCACUGGGGCUGUUAGUGUCAGACUGUCAUGGUCCUAGUGUCUCCAAGUGACGUCUCCUCAGAGAUAAUAAAAUUGCCCCAGUCAACCAUGGUGUAAAAACUGAGCCUCUCCUGCCAGUCGUCCACAGUCCCAGGCCCAUCGUCCUAGCCUUCACCAGAACCCCCAACCCACCCCCUCCACCAGCCCCAUCCUACCCAAGCUUGGGUCUCCCCCGUCCCAUACUCUGGCUCUUCUCGCAGGCUUGACCUCUGACCCCCUCCCUCUAGAGGUCCUGUGCUUCUCUAACCUUGUUGUGGUUCUUCUUGCCUCUCUGUUCUGUUCAUCCUGCUGCUGCCACUGCUUUCUGCCUGCCCCAGGGGAAGACGGAAUACCCGCGCCCGCAGCCAGGUAUUCUGGUUAUUCUGUCAUAGAGGGGGUGAAGAGUAGCCUGGUCCCAGAUGUGUUUGUGCUCUCUGCCAAUGACCAUAGGAGUUGGUAAGACAGCACCAACAGAUCUAAGAAUCACGCUAGGGGUGAAUAUGUGUACACUAACUAAACAACAUCUCUCUGCCUGCCUGGUCCCUCUGUCCUUUAUCAUGUGAUAACCAAUUAAUAAUGUAUAUAUGAAUAUACACUGACUGUACAGAACAUUAGGAACACCUUAAUAUUGAGUUGCACUCCCCCCUUUUGUCCUGAGAACAGCCUCAAUUCGUUGGGGCAUGGACUCUUCAAGGUGUCAAAAGCAUUCCACAGGGAUGCUGGCCCAAUGCUUCCCACAGUUGUGUCAAGUUGGCUGGAUGUCCUUUGGGUGGUAGACCAUUCUUGAUACACAUGGGAAACUGUUCAGUGUGAAAACCCCAGCAGCUUUGCAGUUCUUGACACACUCAUACCGGUGCGCCUAGCACCUACUACCAUACCCCGUUCAAAGGCUGUUACGAACCCCGUGGCUUUAAAAGUCUAGGGUGGAUGGAAAAGAGGCCUGUAACAUAACUCAUGCAAAUUAGGCUAUUGCCAAGGAACAGUGAGAACAAAUACGCCAACAAACAAAUGCUACCGUCAAACACAAAAUGUUUAUUAUAAAACACACGGUAAAUGGUUUGGGGAAGAGGGGCUGAGCUGGACCCAAGGAAUGAAACAAUAAAGUCAAAAAACCCUAAACUGAUCUUGCCUGCCUCAAGAACUACUAAGCUUACUGCUAACCAUACAAAAAUACAGUAGGUGGUCCACUCAGGUCUAACUAGUGUGUUUAGACAAGGUUUUACUACGGGUAGUGUAUGCCCAAGGGCAACUUGCUAAAUCCCCCUUUUCCCAGGCACAAACAAACAAUAUAGGUACCAUACGGACUAAACAGUUAACGAGUGAGUACACAAAAACAAGACACCACCGUAUACAUUUACGUCAUUUAGCAGACGCUCUUAUACAGAGCGACUUACAAAUAAGUGCAUUCACCUUAUAGCCAGUGGGAUAACCACUUUACAAUUUAUUUUUUAUUAUUAUUUUUUUGGGGGGGGGGGGGGGGGGGGUAGAAGGAUUACUUUAUCCUAUCCCAGGUAUUCCUUAAAGAGGUGGGGUUUCAAAUGUCUCCGGAAGGUGGUGAGUGACUCCGCUGUCCUGGCGUCGUGAGGGAGCUUGUUCCACCAUUGGGGUGCCAGAGCAGCGAACAGUUUUGACUGGGCUGAGCGGGAACUAUGCUUCCGCAGAGGUAGGGGAGCCAGCAGGCCAGAGGUGGAUGAACGCAAUGCCCUCGUUUGGGUGUAGGGACUGAUCAGAGCCUGAAGGUACGGAGGUGCCGUUCCCCUCACAGCUCCGUAGGCAAGCACCAUGGUCUUGUAGCAGAUGCGAGCUUCAACUGGAAGCCAGUGGAGUGUGCGGAGGAGCGGGGUGACGUGAGAGAACUUGGGAAGGUUGAACACCAGACGGGCUGCGGCAUUCUGGAUGAGUUGUAGGGGUUUAAUGGCACAGGCAGGGAGCCCAGCCAACAGCGAGUUGCAGUAAUCCAGACGGGAGAUGACAAGUGCCUGGAUUAGGACCUGUGCCGCUUCCUGUGUAAGGCAGGGUCGUACUCUCCGAAUGUUGUAGAGCAUGAACCUACAGGAUCGGGUCACCGCCUUGAUGUUAGCGGAGAACAACAGGGUGUUGUCCAGGGUCACGCCAAGGCUCUUCGCACUCUGGGAGGAGGACACAACGGAGUUGUCAACCGUGAUGGCGAGAUCAUGGAACAGGCAGUCCUUCCCCGGGAGGAAGAGCAGCUCCGUCUUGCCAAGGUUCAGCUUGAGGUGGUGAUCCAUCAUCCAUACUGAUAUGUCUGCCAGACAUGCAGAGAUGCGAUUCGCCACCUGGUUAUCAGAAGGGGGAAAGGAGAAGAUUAGUUGUGUGUCGUCAGCGUAGCAAUGAUAGGAGAGGCCAUGUGAGGAUAUGACAGAGCCAAGUGACUUGGUGUAUAGCGAGAAUAGGAGAGGGCCUAGAACUGAGCCCUAGGGGGACACCAGUGGUGAGAGCACGUGGUGCGGAGACAGCUUCUCGCCACGCCACUUGGUAGGAGCGACCGGUCAGGUAGGACGCAAUCCAAGAGUGAGCCGCGCCGGAGAUGCCCAGCUCGGAGAGGGUGGAGAGGAGGAUCUGAUGGUUCACAGUCAGUAUCAAAGGCAGCAGACAGGUCUAGAAGGACAAGAGCAGAGGAGAGAGAGUUAGCUUUAGCAGUGCGGAGAGCCUCUGUGACACAGAGAAGAGCAGUCUCAGUUGAAUGACCAGUCUUGAAACCUGACUGGUUUGGAUCAAGAAGGUCAUUCUGAGAGAGAUAGCAAGAGAGUUGGCUAAAGACGGCACGCUCAAUAGUUUUGGAGAGAAAAGAGAAGGGAUACUGGUCUGUAGUUGUUGACAUCAGAGGGAUCGAGUGUUGGUUUUUUGAGAAGGGGUGCAACUCUCGCUCUCUUGAAGACGGAAGGGACAUAGCCAGCGGUCAAGGAUGAGUAGAUCAGUGAGAAGAUCACAGGAGAUGGUCUGGAGAAGAGAGGGAAUAGGGUCAAGUGGGCAGGUUGUUGGGCGGCCUGCCGUCACAAGUUUUUAUCUGGAGAGAGAGGGGAGAAAGAAGUCAAAGCAUAGGGUAGGGCAGUGUGAGCAGGACCAGCAGUGUCAUUUGACUUAACAAACGAGGAUCGGAUGUUGUCAACCUUCUUUUCAAAAUGGUUGACGAAGUCAUCCACAGAGAGGGAGGAUGGGGGGGGGGGGGGGGGGGGGGAUUCAGCAGGGAGGAGAAUGUGGCAAAGAGCUUCCUAGGGUUAGAGGCAGAUGCUUGGAAUUUAGAGUGGUAGAAAGUGGCCUUAGCAGCAGAAACAGAUGAAGAAAAUGUAGAGAGGAGGGAGUGAAAAGAUGCCAGGUCCGCAGGGAGUCUAGUUUUCAUCCAUUUCCGCUCAGCUGCCCGGAGCUCUGUUCUGUGAGCUCGCAAUGAGUCAUCAAGCCACGGAGCUGGAGGGGUGGACCGAGCCGGCCGGGAGGAUAGGGGACAUAGAGUCAAAGGAUGCAGAAAGGGAGGAGAGGAGGGUUGAGGAGGCAGAAUCAGGAGAUUGGAGGGAGAAGGAUUGAGCAGAGGGAAGAGAUGAUAGGAUGGAAGAGGAGAGAGUAGCGGGAGAGAGAGCGAAGGUUGCGACGGCGCAUUACCAUCUGUGUAGGGGCAGAGUGAUUAGUGUUGGAGGAGAGGGAGAGAGAAAAGGAUACAAAGUAGUGGUCGGACACUUGGAGGGGAGUUGCAGUGAGAUUAGUAGAACAGCAUCUAGUAAAGAUUAGGUCAAGCGUAUUGCCUGCCUUGUGAGUAGGGGGAGAGGGUGAGGUCAAAAGAGGAGAGGAGUGGAAAGAAGGAGGCAGAGAGAAAUGAGUCAAAUGUAGACGUAGGGAGGUUGAAAUCCCCCAGAACUGUGAGGGGUGAGCCAUCCUCAGGAAAGGAACUUAUCAUGGCGUCAAGCUCAUUGAUGAACUCUCCAAGGGAACCUGGAGGGCGAUAGAUGACAAGGAUAUUAAGCUUAAAUGGGCUAGUGACAGCAUGGAAUUCAAAUGAGGAGAUAGACAGAUGGGUCAGGGGAAAAAUUGAGAAUGUCCACUUGGGAGAGAUGAGGAUUCCUGUGCCACCACCCCGCUGACCAGAUGCUCUCGGGGUAUGCGAGAACACAUGGUCAGACGAGGAGAGAGCAGCAGGAGUAGCAGUGUUUUCAGUGGUAAUCCAUGUUUCCGUCAGCGCCAAGAAGUCGAGGGACUGGAGGGUAGCAUAGGCUGAGAUGAACUCUGCCUUGUUGGCAGCAGAACAGCAGUUCCAGAGGCUGCCUGUGACCUGGAACUCCACGUGGGAGGUGCGUGCAGGGACCACCAGGUUAGAGAGGCAGCAGCCAUGCGGUGUGAGGCAUUUGUGUAGCCUGUGCGGAGAGGAGAGAACAGGGAUAGGCAGAGGCAUAGUUGACAGGAUGCAGCAGAUGGCUACAAUAAUGCAGAGGAGAUCGGAAUGAAAUGAACUAAACAUCUGGGAAAGGAGAGAGCGGGGCCUCCCUCACCACAACCCCCAAAUAUAACUCUCCCAACUUCCACCUCAGAAACUAUAAUUGUUGUAAACUACAGCGGUUCAAUGUUUUCUAGGAAUAGACUAACUUAGUUUAUUCAGCUAGCUAACUAGGUGCAGUAUUAUUCCGUGAAAAUCGUCCGGGCACCUCGUCAUAAGACGCCACAGCCAGCUAGCAUGCCGGCCACAACAAACCACCAGUGUAUCAACACGCAAGCAGAUCGUUCGUGUCCGUAUCUAACGUUGUGGGUUAGUCCCGACAGCUUGAGCGAGUCCGUCGUCAACUUAUUCAGCCAGUUCGUUAGCUAGAAUAGUUAGCAAACUAGCUAGCCAUUGCUUUCAGACAAAGAAGAACCCCUCCUUUCACGGCACGAACACACAGAGAGAGCCAAACUAACGUUAACUAGUCACCCAUGUCCCGAGUUCCUUGAACGACUCGGGCUAUCAAUAUGUAAAAAAAAAAAAACACAAAUGUAGGUUAUGACUUACCCCUAGCAGCAAACUGUUAGCUAGCCAAGUGCAAAGCUAGCCACUGAAUUGACUCAGCCAGUUCGCGUCUGUUCGCUCGGUCGUUCCAGCUAUUGUUUACUAGUAGCUAUCCAGGUAGCAACAAGCUAGCUACAUUUCAAUUACAGUAGCCACUUGCUACCUAACGUUAACGGUUCAGACAAUGAGGUUAGAAAACAGCUGAAUGGUAGGCAAUUAUUGUAGGCAGCCAGCUGGCGUAAUUACAGGCACUCUCAGGCGUGAAACAACUAUACCGUUGCUAAUAGCUACUCGCCAGCUAGUCCAGGUGGUGGGUUAGCUAGCUAGCUUCGUGCUACACCCGGCACAGCCGAAUACAAUACUAACCUACAAUAAUUACAUACAACAACCCACGAUAACUACCUACAAUACCUAACUACAAUCUAAAUACAUAGUUUAAGCCUUACUCGACAAAGCCCAAGCUAUGUAUAAAGCCAAGCUUACCCGACGACCAUUGUACAGGACAGAAUGGUAUCCACAAGUUCAUCUGACUCUGGGGAAGUAGAUAAAGGGCUUCAUUUCCAAAAUAUCAAAGUUUCCCUUUAAGCAACUUCACAUGUCAACAAACAUUGAGCACCCCAAUAGUAUCCAAUAGCAUCACUUCAUGACUACACUGGUAAUGUAAGGUCAGUGGUAAGGUAUACAUACUCACAAACAAAAAGAGUCUCUGUCAGCAAACACAACUGACUAGCUUUUAACACAAGGGGAUGUGUGAUAUGACUGGGUAAGAAAACAGAAACAGGUGGUGCAAUCAGGAGAAAUGUCCACUGAUUGGUCCACUUCAGCAAUCAGCAGAUUAACUGAUGACUGACAGGUGGGACACACCAACGACCUCCAAAAGGAACACAAAGGACACCUGUGAUUAGGGCAGAAGGAGAGGAAAAGCACAAAAACACAUACAGGAUACCUGUAUCCGUAACAAAGGCACUUAUAUAUUUUGUCUUGCCCAUUCAGCCUCUGAAUGGCACACAUACACAAUCCAUGUCUCGAUUGUCUCAAGGCUUAAAAAUCCUUCUUUAACCUGUCUCCUCCCCUUCAUCUACACUGAUUGAAGUGAAUUUAACAAGUGACAUCAAUAAGGCAUCAUAGCGUUCACCUGGAUUAAUCUGGUCAGUCUAUGUCAUGGAAAGAGCAGGUGUUCCUAAUGUUUUGUACACUCAGUGUACAGCAUGUUAAUGACUAUGGUGGUAACCUUGUGAGAAGAACACCACAAUCUCUGAUGCCCUCUGCGGACCAUAUGUGCAUGCUCAGUCAGAGAGUUGAAAGUCUUUCAGUUAAUAUUUAGCGUAUGAAUUUAUCUUUGGUCAUUAUUCAUGCAAUUAGUUUGUUAAUCGACUCAUUUUACACAGAAUUAAAGAGAGCACAUAGUCUUAUUGUAUCUUUAUGAUAGUUGAUGUACUUACAGUUGCCAUGAUUAUACGUUAUUCAUUCUGUGUGCAUAGACAGAUCAUUAAUUUAUUAAUGUGCUGUGUUCACACUCAUCACCUUAGAGUCACCUUACGCCUCUCUCCCUCUCAAUCCCUCUCUCUCUCUCCCUCUCUCUCCCUCCCUCCCUCCCUCUCUCGCUGCCUCUCUCUCUCUCUCAGGACUCAGGGCAGGCUAUACCAGUGGUGGUUGAGAGCUGUGUCCGCUACAUCAAUCUAUACGGUAAGAGGAACACAGGAAUGAAUUGAUAGAUACUGUAUGUAGUCCAUAUAGUUGAAUAUACUACUGUAUAGCGUCCAUUUUGGAUCUCUGUGAUGUAGUUUCUGAUCUUGGAAUAUUGAAUAUUGAAACUACCAUGUAGUGAACAGACAGAGAUUAUUUUACUGCUGUUUGGGCUGUUUGGGCUGUGGAUAUACUACACUCAAGUUUCAGUUUAGUGUGUGUUUGUCUGUGUAUGUGUGUGUCCGUGUCUGUUUGUCUCUGUAUGCGUGCCUGCCUGCGUGUGUGUUACCGGAUAUGUUUCCAUCUUAAUGCUGACUUGGGGUUCUCUGCUCCAACAGGCCUUCAGCAGCAAGGCAUAUUCAGGAUUCCCGGCUCCCAGGUCGAAGUCAACGAUAUAAAAAAUUCAUUUGAGAGAGGUCGGUCCCAGCGAGGCCCCAGCGCGGCUGCCCAUAUCCUGCCUGAUCGUUUUUUAAAUUGUAUUUAGUCUGCCUCAGAAUGCCACAGACCUUCCCUCUAGGACUGUAAAGUGCAGAUAGAUACAUAGAGAGCACAUGGAUCAUGUAUGACAUUGUAAUGGCCAAGCUAUUUGAGAUGUACAGCAGCAGUACCUACCACAUUCUUAACAGGAAUGCUAUAGUUGGAUGAAAAUACUGUAGUGACUAACGUACAAAUAUAUAUUUGUUAUUUUUGUCAGCUAACUAAUGUGUUUAUAGAGAAAGCUUAGGCAAAUGUUUUCCUACAGACUAGUUAAUGAGGUGUUAUAUUGUAUUAAAUGACGGCUGACUGUGUUCUUACAAGCUUACACAGUUUACAAAGCAGAUGUACAUUCACAGAUUUACAGAUGUACUUUUUCAGCAUGACUUCACAGUUGAAUAUCCAGCAAGCUUAAAGCAGUGUGACUGGAUGAUUGACCGCUUGUGUGACUCUGUGCCGUAUCAUGUGAUGCCCCUAGGUGAGGACCCAUUGGUGGACGACCAGAGUGACCAUGACAUCAUGGCGGUGGCAGGGGUUCUGAAGCUGUACUUCAGGGGGCUAGAGAACCCACUGUUCCCCAAGGAACACUUCCUCGACCUCAUGUCUACCAUCAGUAAGUACUACUGUACUACUAAUGUACUAUGACCUAAUAGCCACCAUCAGUAAGGACUGGACUACUGUACUCCACUGGGGAGGAUGCAGGAUUUAGAUCAGGGGUGGGCAAACUUUUUGGCUCAAGGGCCACAUUGGGAUUUUAAAAUUAAAUGGAUGGCCGUCCAGAUUUGUUUGGGACCGAUUCGUAUGUCAUAAUCUAUUUGCUGGCCAGAAAAAGGGCAGUUAUUUGAAAAUAUAUAGGUGCAUUAUAAUUUCUACAUACUUUCUAUCUAGUUUUUAGACGUUCAAGAGUGGCCUGGAGUGUUUUUUAACCCCCAACAAAAUGUUUUUAACUUAAACCUCCCGCGGGCCGUAGUUUGCCCACCCCUGGUUGAGAUUAGUAAUUUAUUUAAUAAUUGAUUGGAUUUAUAUAGUAAAUAUGUUUACUAUAGUAAAGUAGAUAUACAUUUCAUAUUGUAUACAUCGAAAUGAUUGUAUCCCUCUCUCCCCCUUUCUCUCUCUCUCUCUCAGAACUAGACUCUGGUGCAGAGAGAGCUCAUCACCUUCAGCAGAUCGUUGUAACUCUUUCUCACCCCGUCAUCAUCGUCAUGAGAUAUCUGUUUGCAUUCCUCAACCAGUAAGUCUAUAUAUCAAUCAGUAAGUCUAUAUAUCAAUCAGUAAGUAUAUAUCAUUCAGUAAGUCUAUACAUCAAUCAGUAAGUCUAUACAUCAAUCGGUAAGUCUAUACAUCAAUCAGCAAGUCUAUAUACAGUGAGGGAAAAAAGUAUUUGAUCCCCUGCUGAUUUUGUACGUUUGCCCACUGACAAAGACAUGAUCAGUCUAUAAUUUGAAUGAUAGGUUUAUUUGAACAGUGAGAGACAGAAUAACAACAACAAAAUCCAGAAAAACGCAUGUCAAAAAUGUUAUGAAUUGAUUUGCAUUUUAAUGAGGGAAAUAAGUAUUUGACCCCUCUGCAAAACAUGACUUAGUACUUGGUGGCAAAACCCUUGUUGGCAAUCACAGAGGUCAGACGUUUCUUGUAGUUGGCCACCAGGUUUGCACACAUCUCAGGAGGGAUUUUGUCCCACUCCUCUUUGCAGAUCUUCUCCAAGUCAUUAAGGUUUCGAGGCUGACGUUUGGCAACUUGAACCUUCAGCUCCCUCCACAGAUUUUCUAUAGGAUUAAGGUCUGGAGACUGGCUUGAGCCACUCCUUUGUUGCCUUGGCCGUGUGUUUUGGGUCAUUGUCAUGCUGGAAUACCCAUCCACGACCCAUUUUCAAUGCCCUGGCUGAGGGAAGGAGGUUCUCACCUGUCACGCCCUGGCUCUGGGGAGUCUUAAAUGUUGAGCCAGGGUGUGUAGUUUCUAUGUUGUAUUUUCUAUGUUGUGUUUUCUAGAUCGUGUGGAUCUAUGUUGGCCAGGGUGGUUCCCAAUCAGAGGCAGCUGUAUCUCGUUGUCUCUGAUUGGGGACCAUACUUAGGCAGCCUGUUUGGCACUAGUCGGUGUGGGAUCUUGUUCCGUUAAGGUUUGUUUUGUGUAACCUAGGACUUCACGUUUUGUUCGUUUGUUUGUUGUUUUGUCGGGUGUUAAGUACUUUAAAAAAUGUACGCUUAUCACGCUGCGCCUUGGUUCCACGACCAGUCUUUAAACGAUCGUGACAGAAGAUCCCACCAAAAGAGGACCAAGCAGCGUGUCCAGGAACAGACAGCCUGGACCUGGGAGGAGAUCCUGGACGGGAAGGGAUCCUGGACUUGGGAGGAGAUUCAGGCCGGAAUGGAUCGCCGUCCUUGGGAGGAGACUGUGGAGGCGCGCUAUAGAGAGGAGCAGCGGCAACGCAGAGGGUACCGGCCGAGGAGGAAGCCCGAGAGACAGCCCCAAGAAAAUGUUGGGGGGGGGGGGCUAAAAGUGUGGUUGGCGGAGACUAGGGUUAGAGCAGAGCCAACUCCCCGUACUCAGGCUAGGAAGCGUGUGACUGGGCAGGCUCCUUGUUAUGCGGAGCCACGUACUGUGCCGCGAGUGUUCCGGCACAGUCCUGUACGUCCUGUGCUAGCACCACGCACGUGUCGUGCAAAGAUGGGCAUUCAGCCAGGACGGGGUGUGCCGGCUCAACGCUCGUGGUCUCCAGUACGCCUCCUCGGUCCCGUAUAUCCUGCGCCAGUGCCACGUGCUGUAGCGCCAGUACGAGUGCACAGCCCCGUACGUCCUGUGCUGAUGCCUCACACGUAUUGUGUGGAAGUAGGCAUUCAGCCAGGACGGGUUUUGUCAGCUCUUUGCUCCAGACCUCCAGUCCGCCUCCACAGUCCGGCCCGGCCCGUUCCGGCUCCCCGCACCAAGCCAGUGUUGCGUGUUCCCAGUCCAGCCCGGCCUGUUCCUGCUCCCUGCACCAAGCCAGUGGUGCAUGUUCCCAGUCCAGCCCGGCCUGUUCCUGUCCCUCGCACCAAGCCUGUGGUGCGCGUCGUCAGCCCGGUCCGGCCCGUUCCUGCUCCCCGCACCAAGCCAGUGGUGCGCGUCGUCAGCCCGGUCCGACCCGUUCCUGCUCCCCGCACCAAGCCAGUGGUGCGCGUCGUCAGCCCGGUGCGGCCCGUUCCUGCUCCCCGCACCAAGCCAGUGGUGCGCGUCGUCAGCCCGGUCCGGCCCGCUCCUGCUCCCCGCACCAAGCCAGUGGUGCGCGUCGUCAGCCCGGUCCGGCCCGCUCCUGCUCCCCGCACCAAGCCAGUGGUGCGUGUGUCCAGUCCGGCACGGCCCGUGCCUGUUCCACCGGUGCCUGGUCCGGCACCGGUCAGCUGCUCCACUCCGGAGCCAGAGCAAUCCGCUCCACCGGGGUCCGGUCCAACUCCUGUCAGCGGAUCCACUCCGGAGCCAGAGCAAUCCGCUCCACCGGUGCCCAGUCCAGCUCCGGCCAGCGGCUCCAGUCCGGAGCCUGUACAGAUCGAUCCACCGUCGUCGGGUCGAGCUCCAGUCAGCGGUGCCAGACCAGACCAGGGGCGCAACGGGGAGGUGGAGAGAAAGUGGUGGUCACGCCCGGAGCCGGAUCCAGCUCCGAGGCGGAAUGCCCACCCGGCCCCUACUCUGUUGUGUUUGUGUGGCGCGGUCGCAGUCCGCGCCUUUGGGGGGGGGGGGGGGGUACUGUCACGCCCUGGCUCUGGGGACUCUUAAAUGUUGAGCCAGGGUGUGUAGUUUCUAUGUUGUAUUUUCUAUGUUGUGUUUUCUAGAUCGUGUGGAUCUAUGUUGGCCAGGUUGGUUCCCAAUCAGAGGCAGCUGUAUCUCGUUGUCUCUGAUUGGGGACCAUACUUAGGCAGCCUGUUUGGCACUAGUCGGUGUGGGAUCUUGUUCCGUUAAGGUUUGUUUUGUGUAACCUAGGACUUCACGUUUCGUUUGUUUGUUGUUUUGUCGGGUGUUAAGUACUUUAAAAAAUGUACGCUUAUCACGCUGCGCCUUGGUUCCACGACCAGUCUUUAAACGAUCGUGACAUCACCCAAGAUUUGACGGUCAUUGGCCCCGUCCGUCGUCCCUUUGAUGCGGUGAAGUUGUCCUGUCCCCUUAGCAGAAAAACACCCCCAAAUCAUAAUGUUUCCACCUCCAUGUUUGACGGUGGGGAUGGUGUUCUUGAGGUCAUAGGCAGCAUUCCUCCUCCUCCAAACACGGCGAGUUGAGUUGAUGCCAAAGAGCUCGAUUUUGGUCUCAUCUGACCACAACACUUUCACCCAGUUCUCCUCUGAAUCAUUCAGAUGUUCAUUGGCAAACUUCAGACGGGCCUGUAUAUGUGGUUUCUUGAGCAGGGGGACCUUGCGGGCGCUGCAGGAUUUCAGUCCUUCACGGCGUAGUGUGUUACCAAUUGUUUUCUUAGUGACUAUGGUCCCACCUGCCUUGAGAUCAUUGACAAGAUCCUCCCGUGUAGUUCUGGGCUGAUUCCUCACUGUUCUCAUGAUCAUUGCAACUCCACGCGGUGAGAUCUUGCAUGGAGCCCCAGGCCGAGGGAGAUUGACAGUUCUUUUGUGUUUCUUCCAUUUGCGAAUAAUCGCACCAACUGUUGUCACCUUCUCACCAAGCUGCUUGGCGAUGGUCUUGUAGCCCAUUCCAGCCUUGUGUAGGUCUACAAUCUUGUCCCUGACAUCCUUGGAGAGCUCUUUGGUCUUGGCCAUGGUGGAGAGUUUGGAAUCUGAUUGAUUGAUUGCUUCUGUGGACAGGUGUCUUUUAUACAGGUAACAAGCUGAGAUUAGGAGCACUCCCUUUAAGAGUGUGCUCCUAAUCUCAGCUCGUUACCUGUAUAAAAGACACCUGGGAGCCAGAAAUCUUUCUGAUUGAGAGGGGGUCAAAUAUUUAUUUCCCUCCAUUUAAAAUGCAAAUCAAUUUAUAACAUUUUUUACAUACGUUUUUCUGGAUUUUUUUGUUGUUAUUCUGUCUCACUGUUCAAAUAAAAUUAAAAUUAUAGACUGAUCAUUUCUUUGUCAGUGGGCAAACGUACAAAAUCAGCAGGGGAUCAAAUACUUUUUCCCCUCACUGUAUCAAUCAGUAAGUCUAUAUCAAUCAGUAAGUAUAUACAUCAAUCCGUAAGUCUAUACAUCAAUCCGUAAGUCUAUACAUCAAUCAGUAAGUCUAUACAUCAAUCAGUAAGUAUAUACAUCAAUCAGUAAGUCUAUACAUCAAUCAGUAAGUAUAUACAGUGGGGAGAACAAGUAUUUGAUACACUGCCGAUUUUGCAGGUUUUCCUACUUACAAAGCAUGUAGAUGUCUGUCAUUUUUAUCAUAGGUAUACUUCAACUGUGAGAGACGGAAUCUAAAACAAAAAUCCAGAAAAUCACAUUGUAUGGUUUUUAAGUAAUUCAUUUGCAUUUUAUUGCAUGACAUAAGUAUUUGAUCACCUACCAACCAGUAAGAAUUCCGGCUCUCAUAGACCUGUUAGUUUUUCUUUAAGAAGCCCUCCUGUUCUCCACUCAUUACCUGUAUUAACUGCACCUGUUUGAACUCGUUACCUGUAUAAAAGACACCUGUCCACACACUCAAUCAAACAGACUCCAACCUCUCCACAAUGGCCAAGACCAGAGCGCUGUGUAAGGAUAUCAGGGUUAAAAUUGUAGACCUGCACAAGGCUGGGAUGGGCUACAGGACAAUAGGCAAGCAGCUUGGUGAGAAGGCAACAACUGUUGGCGCAAUUAUUAGAAAAUGGAAGAAGUUCAAGAUGACGGUCAAUCACCCUCGGUCUGGGGCUCCAUGCAAGAUCUCACCUCGUGGGGCAUCAAUGAUCAUGAGGAAGGUGAGGGAUCAGCCCAGAACUACACGGCAGGACCUGGUCAAUGACCUGAAGAGAGCUGGGACCACAGUCUCAAAGAAAACCAUUAGUAACACACUACGCCGUCAUGGAUUAAAAUCCUGCAGCGCACGCAAGGUCCACCUGCUCAAGCCAGCGCAUGUCCAGGCCCGUCUGAACUUUGCCAAUGACCAUCUGGAUGAUCCAGAGGAGGAAUGGGAGAAGGUCAUGUGGUCUGAUGAGACAGAAAUAUAGCUUUUUGGUCUAAACUCCACUCGCCGUGUUUGGAGGAAGAAGAAGGAUGAGUACAACCCCAAGAACACCAUCCCAACCGUGAAGCAUGGAGGUGGAAAAAUAAUUAUUUGGGGAUGCUUUUCUGCAAAGGGGACAGGACGACUGCACCAUAUUGAGGGGAGGAUGGAAGGGGCCAUGUAUCGCAAGAUCUUGGCCAACAACCUCCUUCCCUCAGUAAGAGCAUUGAAGAUGGGUCAUGGCUGGGUCUUCCAGCAUGACAACGACCCGAAACACACAGCCAGGGCAACUAAGGAGUGGCUCCGUAAGAAGCAUCCCAAGGUCCUGGAGUGGCCUAGCCAGUCUCCAGACCUGAACCCAAUAGAAAAUCUUUGGAGGGAGCUGAAAGUCCGUAUUGCCCAGCGACAGCCCCGAAACCUGAAGGAUCUGGAGAAGGUCUGUAUGGAGGAGUGGGCCAAAAUCCCUGCUGCAGUGUGUGCAAACCUGGUCAAGACCUACAUGAAACGUAUGAUCUCUGUAAUUGCAAACAAAGGUUUCUGUACCAAAUAUUAAGUUCUGCUUUUCUGAUGUAUCAAAUACUUAUGUCAUGCAAUAAAAAGCAAAUUAAUUACUUAAAAAUCAUACAAUGUGAUUUUCUGGAUUUUUGUUUUAGAUUCCAUCUCUCACAGUUGAAGUGUACCUAUGAUAAUAAUUACAGACCUCUACAUGCUUUGUAAGUAGGAAAACCUGCAAAAUCGGCAGUGUAUCAAAUACUUGUUCUCCCCACUGUAUAUCAUUCAGUAAGUCUAUUCAUCAAUCAGUUAAUCUAUACAUCAAUCAGUAAAUCUAUACAUCAAUCAGUAAGUCUAAAUAUCAAUCAGUAAGUCUAUACAUCAAUCAGUAAGUCUAUACAUCAGUCAGUAAGUCUAUACAUCAAUCAGUAAGUAUAUACAUCAAUCAGUAAGUCUAUACAUCAAUCAGUAAGUCUAUAUAUCAUUCAGUAAGUCUAUACAUCAAUCAGUAAGUAUAUUCAUGUCUAUACAUCAAUCAGUAAGUCUAAAUAAAAAUCAGUAAGUCUAUACACCAAUCAGUAAGUCUAUAUAUCAAUCAGUAAGUCUAAACAUCAAUCCGUAAGUCGUAAUAACACCAUGUUAUGUGUUUAUGGAGAAACCCAAUAAUAAAGAUAGUGUUCAGAGGUGGCUUAUCCAGGGAGGAAGAGGUGGGUAGUCCUCCUCAUUAAAUGAGGAAAAAUGAAGACAAAAGAUAUUAAACAUUUUCAGUCGUUGGGUCUACAUUGUAAAAUGUAUGUGUUUAUGAACAAACCUAAUAAGUGUAUACAUACUGUAUUAUGGAAACUUGUUUGAGUUAUAUAUUUUUUUAUCGCUUUGGUACUAUUUUCACAAGUAUGUUGUAACAUUUCACAUCUCAUAGUACAAAACUCAAAACAGAUCAUCAAGAAGGCAGUUUUUUCUAAACUUUAAGCACAUUUUCAAUUGACUAAGUACAACACACAAAAUCACACAGUAACUUUUUCACCAAACCUAAUCGGUGUUUCAUCUAGAAAUAUCUUUCAUAUAAAGUCAUUGCCUUUCACAAUGCAAUGCUCACAUUACAUUUCAUAUGAUUCUCUGAUAUGAUAUGAUAUAUGAUAACCACACAUAAUGACUCCUCGUAAUUGCUAAUUUCACAUAGUGAUAACCACACCAUAUAAAAGGGUGUGUGUGAACACUUGCAAUUUCUUUCAACAUGGAGCAGGAUAGCAAGGGAGAGGAAGAAAUCAAAGAGCUCAUAGACAAGGGGCCCGUCAGAGAGGUGGGCAUGGGCCCCAUCAAAGAGGUCAAAGAGGUGGGCAUGGGCCCCAUCAAAGAGGUCAAAGAGGUGGACAUCAGAGAGAGGGAGGCAGACGGCAGGGAACUGUUGUGUCUAAUGAGGUCCGGGCCAUCGUCGUUGACCAUGUGGUAAACAGAAGCCUUACCAUGGCACCUCAUCGGCCAAUGGAUGACCGUCCAAGUGCCUGGACAACUUGGGGGAAACAUCUCCAUGUGUGCAGCUAUCUCUGAAGAUGGUGUGGUAGGAUGUAAGAUUACUUGGAUCCUACAACGCUGCACACCUCAUUGUGUUCCUCAAUGAAAUUGAGCAGGCCUGUCAAGGUGAAGGGGUCACCUAUGUCAUUGCAUGGAACAAUGUCAGGUUCCACCAUGCAGAGGUGGCAUGGUUUCGGGCCCAUCUCCGAUUCGUGACCUUAUACCUGCCCCCAUACUCUCAUUUCCUCAACCGUAUUGAGGAAUUUCUUUCCACAUGGAGGUGGAAGGUGUACUAUCGCCAUCCCCAUGAGCGUGCCACCCUCCUUCUGGCCAUGGAUGAGGCAUGCAACGACAUCAAUGCAGACCAAUGUCAAGCUUGAAUUCGCCAUGCCAUUGGGUUUUUCCCACAGUGCAUGAACAAUGAGGAUAUUCACUGUGAUGUGGAUGAGAAUUAAUGGCGAAAUGCUCAAGACAGGCUUGAUGCAAAUUAAUGGGUACUAAAUGUUAUGUUUUAUUUUCAUUCAUUUAAUUUCUUUAAUUUAAUUUCUUACAUUUGAUUACAGACACCUACAAUUAUAUAUUAUAUAUUAUAUUGCAAUUAUAUCUGAAAAAUACAAUGUUUUUUUUGCACUGAUGAAUGAUUGUAGAGGAUGUCUUCAUUGAUCACACCUUUGAUUACACAUUGGAUACAUAUUAUUUGUUGGGUAAUACAUGUAAUUUAGAUGUUUAUACUUUACAAACACACAUUUUAUUUCUGUAGUUCACAAAAUCCAUAUAUAGUAGACAAACCAGUUUCAAAUCUAUAGGUUUACCGAACUGUUAAGUGAUUAACCGUUAAGUGCAGUUUGAUUAAGUGAUGGUCAAAUGUAUUUAAACAAAUGAGAAGAGAAUCAUAUGAAAUGUAAUGUGAACAUUGCAUUGUGAAAGGCAAUGACUUUAUAUGAAAGGUAUUUCUAGAUGAAACACUGAUUAGGUUUGGUGAAAAAGUUACUGUGUGUUGUACUUAGUCAAUUGAAACUGUGCGUAAAGUAAAAAAAAACCAGCCUUUUUGAGUUUUGUACUAAAAGUUGUGAAAUUUUACAACAUACUUGUGAAAAUAUUACCAAAGCGAUAAAAGAAAACUGUAAUUCCCCAUUGUUUCUCUCCAGUCUAUCCCAGUACAGUGAUGAGAACAUGAUGGAUCCCUAUAACUUGGCUACCUGCUUCGGCCCGACUCUGAUGCCCAUACCUGAUGGUCACGAUCCUGUGGCCUGCCAGACGCACGUUAAUGAGGUCAUCAAGACCAUCAUCAUCCACAACGAGGUCAUCUUCCCGAGCCACCGUGAGCUGGACGGACCGGUCUAUGAGAAGUGCAUGGCUGGAGGAGAGGAGUACUGGUUAGUGAUGUCAUAGUAUACUGGGCCUUGGUUAUGCUUGGAUGGGAGAGAGGAUGGAGAUUAACCAAUGUAGAGAAGGGGGUUAGGGGACUGGAUCCAGUUCUGUGUUUCAAAUGACUUCACCCUCUUGUUGGGCUAGUUUAGUCUAAAGCACGAUACUAUGUCCUUCUUUGUCAUUAUCUGAAUCUAUCAAUCAAUGGUACUGUAUGUAUCUAUCUACUGUAUAUUAUUGUCUCUAUCUCGCUCGACACCAUUUAGUGACAGUCCCCAGAGUGGUCCAGGUGCCAUUGAUGAAGUGGACAACGGUACAGGACCUCACACCAGUGAUGAUGAACUGGAGCAGAUCGAGGCCAUCGCUAAGUUUGACUACGUGGGGCGUACUUCCAGAGAGCUGUCCUUUAAGAAGGGGGCAUCACUGCUGCUGUACCUGAGAGCCUCUGAUGACUGGUGGGAGGGACGACACAACGGAGUGGACGGACUCAUCCCACAUCAGUACAUCGUGGUGCAGGACAUGUAAGGACAGCAUGAGUACUAAAUGUGUCACAUUUCUGUGUAACUGCUCAAAUGCUACAUGCCUCUGUUUAGGAUACGCACUUCUAUUGUAAUCCUCAGUAGACUAGAGACAGACUGGGCACCCUGACCAUGGGUCCUUCAGGUUAUGUGAGUCCAUGUCAAUAACAGUAAAUUGAGAUGUCAAUAGUCAAUAAUAGUGAACUGUGCCCAAAGUGCAUUAGUCUGAUACUGUGUCAAUGCAGCAGUUGGCAUACAGUAAGCACCAGACAGUCUGUUAUUGUAUCAAUUAUGCAGUUAGCAUUUAUAAGCACCAAGCACUUCAAAGCAAAUAAAUCCCCAAUUAGUAAUUAGUAAAAGAGCUUCUCCUCUCCUCAGUCUCCUGAACCAACACUUCCUCAUGAAAAGGAUGGAACAUUAAGGUCACUCUGUAGCUGGUCAUUUAUCCUUCCGGAACCCCACCCGACAGCCAAUCACCGCCCAUCACCGUGGAGAUGGCAGAAUUAAACCCUAAUUAGGGAAAAGACACAGGAUGCGUCCCAAAUUGCACCCUAUUCCCUUUAUAGUUCACUACUUUUGAUCAGAGCUUGUGCACUAGUGCACUAGUCAAAAGUAUUGCAUUAUAAAGGGAAUAGUGUGCCAUUUGGGACGCAGACACACUCAUCUCCAGCUGAUCCGGGGCCCGGGGGAACCGGGGAAUGGGUGUUGUGCUUGUUAAUGAUAACUUGAAGAGGUCCAACACCUGGCAGCAGGUGAUGAGUUAGAUUUUGAUUCUGAAGGAUUGUUUGUUGUGAUAAUAAUUUCGGAUUUUUUUUUUUUGGGGGACAUUUUUAGUCAUUUAGCAGACGCUCUUAUCCAGAGCGACUUACAGUUAGUGCAUAAUUAUUAUUAUUAAAAAAAAAAAAUUCCCCUGUGGGAAUCGAACCCACAACCCUGGCGUUGCAAACACCAUGCUCUAUCAACUGAGCUAUAUCCCUGCCGGCCAUUCCCUCCCCUACCCUGGACGACGCUGGGCCAAUUGCGCGCCACCCCAUGGGUCUCCCGGUCGCGGCCGGCUACGACAGAGCCUGGAUACGAACCAGGAUCUCUAGUGGCACAGCUAGCACUGCGAUGCAGUGCCUUAGACCACUGCGCCACUCGGGAGGCUGGAUCAUCACUGGUGUAAGGGUAUCCAGAUGAUUUGCAGUGACUCGUUAAUGAAAUUGGUAUUAUUGUUUGUUGCAUUUUGCCAGCAUAUAAAUAACUAAUGAAUAAACCCCCCGUCUUCUCUCUGUCUCUCCAUUACCUCAGGGAUGAUGCGUUCUCAGACAGUCUGAGUUGGAAGGCUGAGAGUGAGGCCAGUAGUGGACCCCACCAGGAGGACAGAGACAGAACCUCAUCCAGGAACCGUGACCGCAGCGCCCCUUGCGAACACACACAACAUACCCCUGAACACCGCUAUGGAGAUGCUCUUGGAAGGUGGCUACACAUUGAAUUUGACUUUGUUGAUUCAUGCUCACAGUUCACAGGAUUUGAAGAAAUGCAGGUUAACACAGGUUUUCUAGACACGUGCAGGAUGAGAUGUUUUACUCCAUGAAGAGGCUACAAAAUAAUGGUUAAUUUAGUGUAGUUGUAUUGAAUUAGCUAUAUUUUAUAUCUGCACCAUGCCUUCUCCCUGUCCUGUUCUGUCCUUGAUGCUGUCCUGAGAGUCUGCUCUCUGUGUUGUGGCCUAACAGGUUGAGGGUUCAUUCAGACGGUACUGUUAUCCCUUGCCGCAGGAGCACCGCCAACACCCACAGCCCCACCCGAGGUAUGGACACACUCCCUAAGGUCAUGCCCCGCCCCUGCAGCCCUCACAAGAUGGCUGUCAGCAGGGGCCGCAUGGACAGUCCAGAGAAACGCCAUCUCAGCACGUUCAGCAGCACAGGAAGUAUCAACCAUCCAGACAGAAAGUGCUUCCAUGAUGGCCCCGCCCUCAGACCCUCCCCCGGCUCCACCCGCCACGGUAGCCUUGGCGACCAGAAAUCACUGGCAGAGGUGAGAGUCUAAGAAGUACAUUAUCAAAGAAGUAGAGAAAUAACAAAACGCACACCCGGCCUAAAGGUGAGGUGCUGGCUAACGGAAAAUAAACUAACCAAUUGAAAAAAGAAGGUUGCCCACUCAUCUCUCGUUGCUUGUGGAUUUAUUUAACCAACGUUUUGGCUAAAGAGCAUUUAUCAGGGUAUACAGAGGUGAGAAUCUAAUCACUGCAAUAAAGACUUGACGAUUAUCAAAGCAAUUGAUUCAGUGGGUGAAGUCAGGCAAGACCAAACUGACCUUGUUAUUCAUAAUAUUUCCUGCCAGUGCAGCCAGGCUUGGAGUUGUGCAGUCGAAGCUAAUGAGGAUAUUCUCCUGUCUGUUGUUCAGAGAGAUGGAGAGACAGGCAGACAGACAGACAGACAGACUGACUGAGGGAGAAAUAUUUCUUCUCAGAAUGUCUCCAGUAUAGUAUAUGGAUCCCAGCCAGGACUCAGAGGGACAAAGUCAGGCAGCAGUGGGAAGGACAUCUGAGAGAGAGGCCCAUUCAUUGCCCUCUGUCUCUCAUCUCCUAAUUACUGUUCAGUCUGUUAGCUGCUGCUAGCUCCACAUUUAAAUAUGGCUCCCUUUGUGUGCUUCAUUAGAGAGAGAAUAUUGGAACCAUUUGUGAAGUGUUAAUUUGUCCAUUUGUCCCUGCUUUCAAGAAGAAACUGUUUGGUUUUUAUUGGGAGGACUUGGUAUGUCAGUAUUUUGUUUGAGGAUGAACAAUAAGAGCAGAUGUCUGAAUGGGACAUAAUUUCUAUAGAAUGGUGUCUAAUACUGUGUGUGCGUGAAUUGUCAUCAUCGACUACGAUGGACAGCCAAGAUGGUGUGUGUUGCAGGACAUAAGACACUGGAUUAAUAUCAGUGGUGAAACUGUGUGUAUUACAGGACAUAGAGAAGACCAUGAACACAGCCCUGAACGAGCUGUCUGAGCUGGAGCGGCAGAACGUGGCCAAGCAUACCCCCGACGUGGUCCUGGACACCUUGGAGCCCCUGAAGCAGCAGCACCCCUCCUCCUCUGAGCCCCCUGGCAGCCCCCUCCACACCAACACCAUGGUCAUCCGGGACCCUGACGCCGCCCUGCGCCGUAGCAGCAGUUCCUCGUCCUCCGAGACCAUGAGCACCUUCAAACCGCCCCUGACAGCACGGAGGCCCAGCGCCCCUCUCAGGUCGCCUCCGGUCAGACCGCUCCGGCCUGCUCCCAUCCACUCGGGACAUGGCCAGGGACAGGGGCAUGGCCAGGGACAGGGGCAUGGACAGGGACAGGGGCAUGGACAGGGACAGGGACAGGGGCAUGGACAGGGACAGGGGCAUGGACAGGGGGGACAGGGGCAGCACAGGUCUAGUAGUUCCAGCUCCUCAGGCCUGGGUAGUCCAGCCUCUAUCACCCCCACAGACAGGGUGUUCCCCAAGACUCCGUCCCUGUCCUCCUCCACUUCCUCCUCGUCCUCAGACAAACAGGGUCACAUGUAG